AUGAACUCAAUGGACUCGAACCAGGCGAAAUCCAGCCUACUGUGUUCCCCAGAAGCCUCUCAGUCUCAGAGAACACCGAACCCUUACGUGACUGGCACGUCUGUUGUGGCUCUCAAAUACAAAGAUGGAGUUUUGAUGGCUGCUGAUAUGGGAGGUUCCUAUGGAUCGACCCUCCGAUACAAGAGCAUCGAACGAAUGAAGCCUAUUGGAAAGCAUUCUCUUCUUGGCGCAAGUGGAGAAAUCAGUGAUUUCCAGGAGCUGCUACGUUAUCUUGACGAGCUCACCCAACAGGACAGCAUGUGUGACGAUGGAAACUCUUUGGGACCUAAAGAGAUCCACAGCUACUUGACCCGUGUGAUGUACAACAGGCGUAACAAGUUUGAUCCGCUGUGGAACUCGCUUGUGCUUGGUGGAGUGAAGAACGGUAAGACAUACCUCGGAAUCGUUACUAUGAUAGGUUUGAACUUUGAGGACAAUCAUGUCGCUACCGGAUUUGGAAACCACCUUGCAAGGCCUAUUCUUCGUGAUGAAUGGCGCAAGGACUUGAGUUUCGAAGAAGGUGUUAGGCUUCUGGAGAAAUGCAUGCGUGUCCUUUUGUAUCGUGAUAGGUCUGCUGUCAACAAGCUUCAGAUAGCUAACAUCACUAAAGAAGGUGUAACAAUCUCUCAGCCCUACUCCUUGAAGACUUCCUGGAAUUUCUUUGCUUUCCAAAAUCCAACAGCAGGUGCUCAAGGAUCAUGGUAA